AUGCCUUCAACCUCGCGUUUACGUUCGGUCCUCCGGAUUGACCAAUAUCACGAAGAGAUGGACUUUAAAUCCGCUAAUGGCCAGCAUAAGGUCAAGGCCGAUCAAACUACUAUGAAUAGAAGGGGUGUGGAACCUGCUUGUGUCUCCAACUUUUCACCAAUGGUCACGUAUGCAUACAUACCGCACCUCCAAUUCGCUCCACCUCCUGACUAUCAGGGUGGAGGGAUGGAAGACCUCGAAAAAAAACACAACUUUGGUGAGAACGUCAACAGAUCGGGCAAAUCUAACCGCCUCCGCUUCUGCCUAUAA